AUGGACAUUUUAUGUUUCUCUACAGACUCUGAGGAGAUCUCAUCCACUGACAGAAAGCUGAACAAAUCCCUCAACCAAAACAAGAAACGGAAGAAGAGGAGGCACAGGACAAUCUUCACCUCGUACCAGCUGGAGGAACUGGAGAAAGCCUUCAACGAGGCCCAUUAUCCUGAUGUGUAUGCCAGGGAGAUGCUGGCAAUGAAGACAGAACUCCCAGAAGAUCGGAUACAGGUUUGGUUCCAGAACAGACGUGCUAAAUGGAGGAAGCGGGAGAAGUGCUGGGGCCGAAGCAGCGUGAUGGCGGAAUAUGGUCUGUAUGGUGCCAUGGUGCGACACUCCAUCCCACUUCCAGAGUCCAUCUUGAAAUCCGCCAAGGAUGGCAUCAUGGAGUCUUGUGCCCCCUGGCUGCUGGAAUACCAACAAUUCUUUGCAGGGAUGCACAAGAAGUCUCUAGAGGCAGCCGAACAGUCAGAGCGAGAGGCACCAGCAAUAGCCAACGCAGAGGUGAAAGAAAGAAGAGAGGCCGAGCGCCCAGCUGCCAUCUCUGAGGAGGAACUAAGAGAAAACAGUAUUGCUGCCCUGCGUGCUCGAGCACAGGAACACAGCGCCAAGGUCCUUAGAAGUACAAACUGCGAAACGCCAGUGAAAGAGGCAACCAGAGAGGAGGCACACGAUGGGCAGACAGAGGGGGAAGCGGAGGUCCAGGAGGACUCCAGUGUCUAA